ACCAACUGCACCACCGCAAAACAUGUCAAAAUACCUCCUCCUAGCCCUCCCCUCCUCCGUCGCGCGCAGCAAUGACCCGGAAGACGCCUUCACAACCCUAACCGGCGCCGUAUCCUCCUCGCUGAACAAGAACGAUGCCUCGAUCCACCGGUUCCCCAUCCCUGAAUUCAAGAUCGGCACGCUGGAUGCGUUGGUGUUGCAGGCGGACGAGUUGGCAAAGCUAGAUGCCAACGUUGAAAGCGCCGUAGCAAAGGUUGUAGACGUGCUCACGAGUACGGUUGGGGAGGGGAAUGCGCAGGGGCAUAAGACUGUUAACGAUAGUGAGUCCUUGAUUUCUUCAGGCUCACGUGUGGGCUAAUGAUGGGCAGAGCCGGUGGGGGAUUACCUGCAGGGGUUCUCGUGGAACAAGUUUAAAUACAGGAGCGAUAAGUCGAUUGCCCAGUUGUUGGAAUCUUUACAGAAGGUCCGCUUUGGACGUUAUCUGGGAGCUCGAGAUUAUGCUGACUAUUUGGACAGGAAGUAAUCUCUCUAGACAACGACAUCAAAACCAAAUACUCCGCUUAUCAGCAGGUUAAAUCAACCUUGGCCUCCGUCCAACGCAAGCAAACGUUUCUCCCCCCCGUCCUCCUCUUCGAUCCCCCAUCCAAAUCCUGCUAACACCUCCCCCAUCUAGCGGCAACCUCUCCACCAAGUCCCUCGCCCCAAUCCUCAAGCAAUCCGACUUCGUCCCCCCAAGCGAAUACCUUCAAACACAACUAAUCGCCGUCCCGAAACAACUCGAGCGCGACUGGAUCAGGUCAUACGAAACCCUUUCCCCAAUGGUGGUCCCCCGUUCCUCGCGCGAGAUCCAGCGCGACUCAGAGUUCAUCCUGUACAGCUGCGUCGUCUUUAAGAAGUACAGCGCGGAAUUCGCUAUUAAGGCUCGUGCCGCCAAGUUCACGCCCCGGGAGUUCACCUGGAGCGAAGGGGCGGCGGAGCAGGACGAGAGGGAGGCUAGGGACGUCGAAGCCCAUGAGCGGAGACUAGCCGGCGAGACGCUGAGAUUAGCGAGGACCGGGUACAGCGAUUUGUUUCAGGCUUGGGCUCAUGUUAAGGCGCUUAGGGUUUUCGUGGAGAGUGUGCUUAGGUACGGGCUACCCUUGGAGUUUGUUAGCGCUAUUAUCCAGGUUUGGCUCCCCUCCUCCCCCAUGCGGGAUCAUCGAGGUAUUAAUGGUUCGAAUAGACAAACACCAAGCAUGCAAAAAAGAUAAAGGCCCAGUUAGACGCUGCUUACAACUACCUCGGUGGUAACGCCUUCGGCAGGGACAAGCAUGGGAACAUCAAAGACGAUGUUGGAGACCUCGCGGCCGGAAUGUUGGGUGACACUGAAUAUUCGGCUUAUUGCUACUUUGAGUUCGAUGCAAUCUAAUCCACCCACUCAUCCCGCGCUGCCCGGCACAUGUAUAAUUCUUGCUUGGGAAAGAUGGAUGGGGAUAGGAAGGGAUGAAUCAUGAUUAUCUUUCUUUUUUCCUUGAAAAGGCGUUGUAUGUAGCACAUACCCUCCAUUGAAGUUUUGUUCCGCCCA